UUCAAACACAUUCUACUUCUUUUGGAGAACGAUAUAAAGGAAUCAAAAUAAAAAGUGAUCAGCCAAUAAGUGCAUCAUUUUAUAACAUUUUUAUUGAUCAUCUCAUUUUACCAUAUCAUGAGUACCCUGGAGUCAGUCAGUAUGAAUAUUAUGCUGUUUCUACUAGUAGUUACCAUAGCAUAUAUCUUAUUCAAGUUCUUCUUAUUGGUUGUAUUAAUAAUACUGUCAUUAGUAUUAUACCAACAGUUGAUCUCUUCAUUCCUAUUGAUGUACAGAAGAGUGGCAGUGAUAAUAUAUUAGUAACUAAAGGUAACUCUCAUACUAUUACACUACAUGAGGGACAGACUCUAUUGUUGGGUAAAGGGAAUGGAAGUGAUAUAUCAGGAACACACUUUAUUUCUAAUAAACCACUGACUGUUAUUACUGGUCACCAGUGUGGCAGUACUCCUGGUAUGAAAAAACGCUUUCAUUGUCAUCCUCUACAAUUACAAGUUCCUCCAACAAUAACCUGGGGUACAAGAUUUAUUCUGACAAACUUUAAUAAUUUUCGUUAUAGCAAGUCGCCAGUUCCUUCUAUGGUAAAGACAGUCACUUCUCAAGGCAACACUAAUAUAACAAUAUACUGUAAUGGAGCCACUAACACUACAAGAUACUCUACUAAUGGAGCAAUUGGCAUAUAUCAGUAUAGCAUAACUGAAUAUUGUUAUGUGGAAGCUAACAAACCAAUAUUUGUUGUCUUGUUCCCUCACUCAUAUUAUUAUUACACUGCAAUGGUUUGGAUACCACCAAUGGAACAAUAUCUUCAAGAGGUUAACUUUGAUUUUUACCGUUCUUCUCGUUAUUCAAAGUUUGUUAUUACAGCAUCAGUUGAAGGAUUCUCUCCUACAGCUAUUCUACAUAAUGGACUAGCAACUGCAAACUGGACAGCAGUAUAUGAUUUUAAAAGGAAUAUUGUAGCAUACGGAACUGAAAUUGAAAUUAAUAGAUAUUUUAGUAAUCAUUCAUUAAGUCAUACUGGUAAUAAUGGAAAACUAUCAGUUCAAGUUCAGGGAUAUUUUUACUCUCAUAUAAUAUAUGGAUGGCCAGCACUAGUUUCAUUGGAACAAAAUAUGACUUGCAUUUGCAAUUUUAUUCACAGUAAUGGUAUGUGUGAUGCUAAUAACUUGUGUCAAUGCUUUGAUGGUUGGACUGGUGAUCAGUGUGAUGAAGAUAUUAAUGAAUGUGAGACUAAUGAUCACAAUUGUACACAAACUUGCAGUAAUACAGUUGGAUCAUACACCUGUUCCUGUAGAGCUGGAUAUAAAGAUAAUGGAUAUGGAAACUGUACUGAUAUUGAUGAAUGUUCAAUGGGUACCAGUGGCUGUCAACAACUCUGUUUUAACACUAAUGGAAGCUAUUACUGUCAAUGUAAUACUGGAUACAGACUAAUGAAUGAUAAUUCAUCUUGUGAUGAUAUUAAUGAAUGCAUUGAGGAUCCUGGAAUAUGUCCUUUAAGAAGUAACUGUAUUAAUACAUUAGGAAGCUAUCAGUGUAACUGUAUUGAUGGAUAUCAAAUGAAUAACACUGGAAUGUGUAUAGAUAUUGAUGAAUGUGUUACUGGUACUCACAGUUGUCAGCAUAGAUGUAUCAAUACUGAAGGAUCCUAUAACUGUUCUUGUUAUGAUGGCUUCAUGAAGAGAUUUAAAAUAUUUUGUUUUGAUAUUAAUGAAUGUGAGACUGUUGAUCACAAUUGUACACAAACUUGCAGUAAUACAGUUGGAUCAUACACCUGUUCUUGUAGAGCUGGAUAUAAAGAUAAUGGAUAUGGAAACUGUACUGGUAAGACU